AGACAUGGGUCUGUGCUUGGUAAUUUACAUUGCUGCAGAUGUAUCAAUAUCACUGAAGUUUCAACGGAAAUACUUUUUGACGAAUCACAUUGAUUUAUCGUAAAUACAGAAAUACCCCCAAAAAAGGAACCACCAGACGGCCUGUAGAAUAAUGGCAAAGGCUUCCACCUUGCGGACCAGGCAUGGAGCGGAGGCUGAGCCCGGUGACUCACGGGAAGGCGGCUGGGGUGUAGUGGUGGUCAUCGCCGCUCACAUGUCAAUGGCGAUCCAGGUUGGACUCCUUCGGAGCUGGGGCGUUGUAUACCUGAGCUGGAAGGAAGAUUUCGAGACCAACGACAAAGAGACGUCGGCCGUUCAGAGCAUUAUGUCUUCUGUGAUGAGUUUCAGUGGUCUCCCUGCCGGGGUUCUGACGCAACGUUUCGGCUGCAGAAUCGCAGGGAUGAUUGGGGGAGGCCUUUCGUCCAUUGGCCUUCUUUGCAGCUGUUGGGUGACCGACAUACACCAGUUUUACAUUACAGCUUUCUUCACCGGAGUUGGCAUUGGGAUUUGCUAUAAUUCGACCAUAGUCGUGGUUGCGUUGUACUUCAAAAGGAAAUACAAAAUAGCUAACGCAGUGGCCUGUUCCGGUCUGGGGACGGGAAUCAUGGCGGUGCCGCCUAUUGUUCAACUUCUCCUGGAAAGCUACGGUUGGCGAGGAGCGUUUCUGGUCGCCUCUGCGAUUGCGGCAAACAGCAUCGCACUAAGCGCGUGUUACCGCCCUAAUCACUACUUGAACAACAACAAAAAGUCUUGUCGUGAACAUGACGGGCUCGAACAUGAACCUACGCGUGAAGUAAACAAAGGAAUUCAUAACAACAAAACCGAUUUUGUCACACUCAACCCCAAGAGCUCAAAUUCCAUUGUAAAAUUCAUCCAUAGAUUGUCAGUUACACUGGGGUUUCAACUUUUUCUUAAGAGCUAUCGCCUCACUCUCCAGAGCGCGAUUCAACUACAAUACUGCAUGGUGUAUGUAGGGUUCGUGCUCUACCUCGUUCCCAGGGCACAGAGCGUGGGUGUGGCGCCCUCCACCGCCGCCAUGUUGCUCAGUAUUUUUGGCAUCGGGAGCUUGCUCGGUCGUCUUGGAGGCGGAUUACUGGUGAGCUGGAGGAUAUCGGCCGAGCACGUGUCCACCAUCUCCUUGGUUCUGGCCGGAAUGUCCGUAUUGCUUCUGAACUUCGAAAGCUAUUACAUUUUCGCAAUCGCUGCUUUUCUGCAUGGAUUUGCGUCAGGGGUCUUUUUCUCCAUCGUAGUCGUUUUAUCCCGGAGCUUUAUCGGCGUAAGGAAAUUAGCCAUUGGAGUUGGAAUCAGCCAGAUUUGGGUUGGAAUUGGUAGUGUGACCGGGCCUAUUUUAGCGGGAUGGAUCCUGGACACGACUGGUGGAAGUUAUCAGACCUUCUUCUACGUUGGUGGCGCAAUCUGCUUCAUCUGUGCUGUACAAAUGUUCUUCUUACCCCUACUGAGACGGGUGGAACCAGGCAUUGACAUCCUCCCUACCGAUGCUUGAAGGAACAU